AUGCAGCGGCCGACUGUCGGUUGGCGGACCUCUCUGCGUGAGCUCCUCGAGUCGUGCGCAGAUGGCAGUUUUCACCCGCAGAUCGGUUUCAACCGUGCAUUGGCUUGUUGGGCGAAAGGCCAGUCGUGGCAGCCCAUCCUCGUCCUUCUCAACGAAAUGGCGGCCGGGCGAGUGCAGCGAGAUGCCUUUAGUGCUACUUACGCCAUCACUACUGGGGCGAGCCAGGCUCGCUGGCAGGGUGCCGUGGCGAUGCUGCGCAGCCAUCCAGAGGCCAGUGCUGCGAGUUGGAGCGCCGUCCUGCGUGCUGGCCAGGGCACCCAGGAAGGAUGGCGCAGAUCUCUGGGAUUGCUUGCAGCAAUGCCGUCGCUCAGUGAUGGCCUGAGAAUCGACGUGGUGUGUUGUUCGGCGACGAUGAGAUCCUGUAGCCAAGACAUCCCAGAGGCCUGGCAGGCAGGCCUGAACUGUCUCCGGCGGAUGGCUUCAGCGCAGAUCCAGCAGAACGUCAUUGUUUCGGGAACGGUUGCGGCGAUCUGUGCGGCGGUGCCAACGUGGCAAGGAGCUUUGCAGGUAUUGAGGGAGACGUCCACCGACAAGGAUGGACCCAACGAGAUCCUCUGCGACACUUGCAUUCUCGCCUGCGACACGUGCGGGUGCUGGAGUAAGGCCUUGGAGUUGUUCAUCGAGUCAGAAGAGGAGGGCCUGUCCAGGUCUCCCGUGGCCUUCCUGCACAUUCUGGCCACCCUGGGCGUGGAGGAGCCCCGUGUCAUCCAGGGCAUCUGCCACGAGGUGGCGCGAUGGCCUCCAAGGCGGCCGACCGAGGUUGCGAAGAUGCUUUGGGCACUCUUCCGGCUGGGCGUGCGCAAAGCGGCGUUCGGUCGAGGGAGGGUCGCCGAGGUCCUGCUGGAACUUGGGAAUUUGGAUCUGGAGGCAUUACUACGCUUGGCUGCAGGCGUGGAAGCGACAGAACCAUCUUCACGCACGUGGGUGGCAAUACAGGCGGAGAUGGUUCGUCGGCUGCCGGAUCUGCGCAUCGACGUCGCGGAUUUCUGGACCCGUCAUGGCCAGGACCUCGUUGGCAUUGCCUUCAUGUGCAACAUGGCAGAUGCCCUCGCCAGCUGGUGUAGGUCCCCUCUUUCGCGGCUCCUCCGCCGCUGUGGCAACCUUCGCGACUCACGUGGCGGACAGAAGCGACACGACACCACGGAUCGCCACGUUCUGACCAAAGAUCCGGGCACGGGUGUCUGCGAUGGGGAGGCGCCUGUACAGCUGUUGGACCUUGCCAAGGCCAGAUUCGGCGAACGCACUCCCAUCUUUGGCGAUGCCGCACACUGGCACGGGUUUCUGCACCGCCUGGACGUGCCUUGCUCUGGCCUUGUCCUGCUGGCAACGACCUACGAGGCCUUCUACGAUCUCCAGCUGCAGCUCCACACUGGGGACCUGCAGAGGGACUACGCGUUGCUUUGCCACGGUUGGUUCCACGGCUGCCGGAUGUUUGAGGCUUCGCUCCACAGAUUCGCAGCCGGGGGCCGCGGCCGCCAAAGCCGGACCCUGGCGAAAGCCCUGGCGCUAGCUCGGCGCGACUUUCAGGCGUUCACGUUCGCUGCCGUACGGAUCAUGACGGGGCGGCAGCACCAGAUCCGCAGGCACUUCGCACAUGUUGGCCACCCCGUCGUCCACGACAGCCUCUACGGAAGUGUGUGGACCAUGUCAGAGGACUCUACUCUUUGCAGUCGGAAUUGGUUGCAUCGCUACCGCCUGGCGUUCAAGGUCGGCAGCAGCAGCCUCUGGGCACAACGAGUCAGGGGCCUCCUUCUGUUUGUGGAUCUCGCGGACUACACCGUGGUGACGGACUGGCAGAUGUAUAUUGUCUACGGUCUGAACCUACAGGGCGUGGCGCUGACCAAUCCGGGAAGCACCUACCUGUAUCUGGGCUUGGAGGGCGGCUCUGACCUCUUGGAGUACGAGUGGCAUUCGUCACACCAGGUCUUCCGCAGCUUCCACCUGCGUGGAUUCCCGCAUCACGGGGCACUAGGCCUGCGGAGCGUCACGUUUGUUCCAACUACAGCAAGCGAUCAGCAGGGCUACUUCUACGUCGGCACAGAAAUCUCGGGUGAGGUCUACAUUUACGAGGCCCCUCUGCUCGUCAAUGAAGGGCCCAAGGCUCCGGCUGAGUCGAUUAAGAUCUGGACGCCCCUCCAGGGCGACAAGCACGUUGCAGGGAUCGAGUACAGCGAUGGGUACCUGUUUGUCAGCUAUGACGACGGGCUUUCGACCCACGUGCUGAUUUUCGAAGUCCUGGCUUCUGGCUUGCCGGGUCAGCUCCUGGAGCAACACCAGGUGGAUGUUGAAAACGCAGUCGGUCUCGCGGUCCGAAAGCUUACCGACGAAUUGUGGGAGGUGCUCUUCGUCUCAGCGUCGAGACGCAAAGUCUAUGGGUACAACUUCCGCUUUGUCUACGGGUUUGCGCCGCAUGGCUUCUGCGCCGCUGCCGCAGGCGUGCAAGAGGCACCGCCUUGGCGCAGUAGCGCUGCCUUCGCGUGGCCUUGGCUUGCAAAUGCGGCCUUGGCAAUGGCAAUGGCCAGAGUUUCACUGGAAUAG